AUGGCGCCGUCCAACGUCACCACCACCACCACCACCACUGCGGUGCAGAACGCCCCAGGCAAGAUGAAGCGGCCGGUGCCUCCCGGCAUCCAGACAAACGGAGCCGCAUCGUCCACAUCAUCACCUUCACCAUCCAUGUCCAAUAUCAAGCCCCCCAGCGCAAAGGCGCCGAGCUCGGCCAGCGACCGGGCCAUCACUGCCUCGACUGUGCGGCCUAACCACCGAGCCCGUCGCGAUACUCUAAAUUUGUCGGCGGGGCGAAGUUCAAGAAGCGCAGGCUUGCGGUCAGUAUUUUUCGCCAUGGACGAUGCGGCUCAUAAUGAGCCCCGACCUGCAGUUGUUACCGACAAGUACAUCUUGAAGAAGUUUGCCGGGCGACCCCCGUCCUUGGUUGUCCAUUUACAUCAGAACCAUUUCCGAUUCGAUGGUCAAGAGGGCAUGUUCCAGUACAAGUCACCCAUGCGGAUGUUUCUUGAGCAUACAAAGAAUCGCACAGUACCUCACGACCUCCUUCCGUACUUUAACAAAGACCAUGUGCCAUUCUACGAAGGCUGCCUCAUCGUGCAGAUCCACGAUCACAAAUCAGUAGCCCAGACAAAGGAUGUCAAGCGACCCUCGUCGGCUUCCAAUGCCGUCGUACCAUCAUCUAUUCACAACUAUAACCAAUGGCUCACGCCUUCCCCCUAUGUGCCUUAUCCUAAAGAAGAACAGAAUCCAAACGAAACGAAUGGAAAGCCGAAAGAAGAAGAUACCAAAGAUACGGCGGACGGCGAUGAGAAGGAUGCUGAAAAUGAGUCCUCGAGCGUGCUUGCGGAUACCUCGGCCAAUAAGGCUGCCCCAAAGCCGAAAAUAUACACCCUUGUUCUUCAUCCGACACCUGAGAGUCUAAGAAUGGACCUUUUGCUCAAGGCGACGACGGAAGAGGGACGCGACACUUCUGCAAUGGCUCCUCCAUCAACGCCAGCGACAGUGGUGCCGCCCACGCCAACCGCUUCCAGCAUGCAGCCACCCGCGAAAAAGGCUAAGCGAGAAAAGACCGACAUAGACGGCAGUAAUAUAUAUGCUGUCGAAGGACAGAUAUUGCUCGCGACCGCCGGCCCUCUUUACCUUGAACCAACCCAAAGCCUCGAGGAUACCAUUGCGUUAUUAGAGAAAAUGUCGCACCCCAGCCACAGCAAACCUCCGCCUCAGCCAAAGGCCCGCAAGCGAACAGUGGCGGAGAUGGCCGCGGACGAGGCAGCGGCAGCAAAGCUGGAGCGCUACAUGCUUGUUUUGGACGAUCGGUUGGCAUCAAAUGUCACGGGCGCUCAAGUUGGCGGUGGAGCAGAUGGAGAUGCUGCAACUGGUGCUGCUACUUUUGAACCUAGAUUUGAGCGGUUCAACGUGAUUGAGGAUAUCAAGCGGGAGCAUGCCGAGAAGAGAGAGCAGGAGAAGCUCAAGCAGCAAGAGAAUGACCGAAAGCUGCAGCUGCAGAGACAGCAAGCAGCCGCGGCAGAAGCUGCUCAGAGACAAGCAGAUAUGGAGAGGGCUAGGCGUGAACAGGCUCAAGCUAGAGAGACCCAAAUGCGUCAAGCUGAAGCGCAGCGGCAAGCAAUGGCCGCUCGAGCCGCGGCGUCAACCCCUGUUGCUCAAGCCAACAACAGCCAGCAGCCAAUGAACCAGACCCAGCACGGCCACCCUAUUCAGAAUGGAGUGGUCCCCAAUGCGAUGCCAAAUGCCGUGUCGACAGGCCCGCAGAAUUCGAUACCAAAUGGCAUAUCCGGACCGGCUCAGGCACGGUUCCAAGCAACGAUGUCUCAAGCUCCAGUAUCCUCUCCCAUUGUCCGGCAGAAUACACCCCAAAAUAUGUCGUCACCGAUGGUCACAAGCGUUCCUAUGCAGCAAACCAACUCCAGCAUGGCGGCAAGCCCUCCUCGACCUGCCUCAGUUGUGCAAAACCCGAUGUCAGUCCCUAUGACACAUAACAGGUCUUCUAGAAACAGCCAGCAGAGCCAUCCGUCCGGCACACCGCGCAUUCCGCAGACGACGCCGAACAUGUCUCAUGCGACUCCGCUUAACCGACCUGCAAUGGUUGCGACUCCUCGCAUGACCCAAACGAGUCCUCCUCCUAAUAUGAUAGCUCAGAACUCUCAGAUGGGCCAGCAGAUGAUGAUGAACAAUCCAGGCAUGGCUCAGGCCAACCCUCAAAUGAUUGCCCAGCUCACUGCUCAGCAAAGAGCCAUGCUGCAGCAGCAACAGCAGCAACAUCAGCAACAGCAGAUGGCGGCCGCUCUCCAGAACGGCAAUUUUAAUAACAUGAACAUUCCUGGACCAGGCCAGCCGAUAUCUCAACAGCAAGCGCAGAUGAUGCAGUUGAUGCAACGUCAAAUGAUAGUGGCGCAGCAACAGCAGCAGCAACAACAACAACAGCAGCAGCAGCAACAACAGUCCCAGCAAGGGCCUCAGCAGCAGCAACAGCAGCAGCAAACUCCGCAUCCCCCACCGAAUAACAUGGCCAACCCACAACAGCAGCAGCAGUGGGCAGCGCAAUACGCCCAGCAGUUGCAAAACAUGCAAAAUGUUCAGAUGCGCCAGAUGGCUCCUGGGAUGCAGGCUCAGAUACAACGGAUGGCCCAGAUGGGCAGGUUAAGCGGGCAGAUGGGCAACAUGAUGCCAUCUAAUGGACAGAUGAUGAAUAAUAACAACGUCAAUGCCGCCAACAUGCAAGCUUUGAUGGCCAUGCAGAUGCAGCAGCAGCAGCAACAACAACAACAGCAGCAGCAGCAGCAGCAACAACAACAACAGCAGCAGCAGCAGCAGCAACAGCAGCAACAGCAGCAACAGCAACAACAGCAAGCACAGGCUCAGGCACAAGCGCAGGCUCAGGCACAAGCUCAGGCACAAGCCCAAGCACAACAAGCACAACAGGCACAGGCACAGGCUCAGGCACAAGCUCAGGCGCAAGCACAAGCUCAGGCUCAGGCACAGGCACAGGCUCAGGCCCAAGCCCAUGCCCAACAGCAGCAGCACCAAGGACAAACUCCUCAGCAAAUGCAACAGGCCGCCGUCCAAGUUCAGAUGCAAAACCAGGCACGCACCAUAUACACCCGCCUUAUGAACACUGCAGCAGUCAAGUUUGGCGGAGCAGAAAAUGUUCCACAAGAGACGGUAGAGAAGAUUAAGCAGUCAUCGUUUCACCAAGCUUCGCAAAUGGUCCGGGAAAUGUAUCAACGCAGGGCGCAUCAGCAGCAGAUCAUGCUUCAGCAACAACAGCAGCAAGCAGCAAUGCAGGGCAUGGGCGGGAUGAUGGGACAACACCAGGGAAUGUGA